UUAAGAGGAAGAAGAAGUUGGCUCGAAUAAGGGAUAGGCUCUUUCUUUGUCUUUUCCUUUUAUCAUCUUUUUUACUCCGUAGUUCUUUCCUCUGGAAAUGCAAGUGUGCGCGUGAAUUUGUGGUUAUUUAUUAAUUCUUGUAGACACGCAGAGAAAAUUUGUUUGUUCCUCUUUGCAUUUGCAUGACGAGCGCUUCGGAGCUAUUCUACACCAGGAGGACUCGUCUGGGUCGGAUCAGCUCCGAAUUUGAUUCGGAUUCUGACCGAAUAUCUAUCCACAGUCAUGUCACUGGUCAUCGCCACCGCCGUCACCGCCGCAGCAGCAAUGGAACUCGCCGGGUCGGGAGAUUCGAUUCGAUCGACUCCGAGCCUCUUCCCCGGUCUAGAAUUCCGAUCCGCUGCUCCUCUGUUCAGGUAAGGUUAUUGGAUUUUAGAUUUGUUUUUUUCUUCUGAGUGUUAAAUUUCCAAUCCUCUACUGAAUGAUUUUCAGGUGAAUAUCUUUGUACGUUUUGCUUCCUUACAAUUUACUAGCCAUUGAAAUAAUUAUACUUCGCGCAAUCUUUUGAGUUUCAAAACUUUUGUUGUGUUGGUGUAAAAGACACAAGGAUUUGUGGCCCAAGAAGGGAUUUACUGUCCAGAUUUGUGGAUCCGAUGAACUCUCCGAGUAAUGAUAGAAUAGAAAUAAAACAGCAGCACUGGAGGUGUCGCGAGUGUCAUCCAUUGACACUGGAUGCCAGUGUCAACAGAACCUUGCCGAUAAAAUAGAUGUGAAGUAUGGAAAUUUUAGAGUAGAAGAGAAAUAUAUCGAUGGAGUUUAGGCCUCAAGCAAUUCAAGAGUGAAAACUG